CGCUAAGAGACGAUGAGGCUGGAUCCAAGAUUCUAUAUGUCCCUGUCUAACCACGCUGAACAGCCUGAGAAGGGCAUAGAUAGGUCCGAAACUAAGACUAUGGUGUUAUCAGACGAGCAUCAACUACCUGCUAGAGUCGCGAAUGUUUCACGCGACGAGUUGCGAAAAUACGCGCAGUGUAAGAGAGUCGGCAGUUACCUACUAGGCAGGACUGUUGGUGAAGGAUCAUUUGCAAAGGUCAAGGAAGCUAUUCAUAUUUUAACAGGCGAAAAGGUACGAGACCCUUAUAUAGUGUGUAAUAUUUAUGAGUAAUAUGUACCUGUAUAGUGCGUAAUAGCAGUGUAUAUUCACCUGGAAGAUGUGUAAUAUCUCCCCGUAUGGCCACUCAGGGCUGUCUUCGUAUAUUGGGUUUAUAUGAUAUGGUAACUAAUAAGCUUUUGGUAAUCUGAUGUGUGUAUAUAUACCUUACAGUCUGGAGUUUUUCACUUAACAAAAUUGUCUGUUAGUUGUAAAAUAUUUAAGAUAGUCUAGGAGUUGAGUCAGAGACGCAAACAAUCUGUGUUGCGUUGAGACAGAUUUCAAUGCCUGCUUGGUGUCAACUAGUCGAUCUGGUUUAUAUUAUAGAGAUAAUAUUAGAGUUUACCACGACGUUUCUUAUCAAUGUUUGGGGAGUGUUUACGGAUUACGACUAUGUAUUCGCGAUCAUUAGUAUGGCGCAUUCCGGUCGUAACGCAGCCAGGCGAACAAGCGAUAAUUUACUAGCAAAUUCACGAACUAUUUUCGUUUUAAUUGUUUAUUUAAACGAGCACGAGUCGCUGUCAAAUUUGUCGCGCAUCAUUUCACAGUAUUUCUGACACGUUUUAACCCGCACAUCUUCGCUGCGUUGACGCACGAAGCGCAAUGAUAAUCAUCAUAAUAUGCGCACUAUUCGACUCACCACUUCCCGGAUUUCAUGCAGGGCGGAUAAGAAGAACGCAAAGUCAUAAUCACCACCGAAAAUAUUUUAGAUAAUUCCCGAAGUUGCGUCAAACUACCCGACCACUAUAACCUAACUAAAACCUACGGGCCAGUAUUAAAUAUCGUACUUAUAAUAAAUACUUCACGGAUUUAAAAGCGCAAAUUCAAUUUCGCGUUCAUAAACUAUGAGACAAUAGAAAGCUGUCAAUUGUUCUAGUAGGUAUUAAUCAACUUUGCCUUUGAUUCACGAGAAAGGAAUUGGGAAAUCAGCAUAUUAACAUGUAAAUAAAUGUCCAUAAAUUAAGUCAAACGUCUCUGUAAAUACUGGUUCGUUUGUGAAGCAAAACCAUACUAUACGAAGUCGUUUAUUAUAGUAAAUAAGUGACUUUCAAUAAAACACCUGAAAGUAUGUUAAUUAAUUAAAAAGACAAUUCUCGAUAUAUACCCAAGUACCCAACCCUGCCCUAACGCUGUAUAUUAUUAAUUCAUAAAGUCUCGUGUAUGAAAUGGUAUGAUAAUUAACAUAAUGUACGAUUGUACGACCUUCUGCAAACUGUAUAAAUAAAACUGGACCAAUUCUACUUGUAUGUGUAUCAGUAUGCACAUAUACUUGAUAAUGUAUACUUUAUAGUAUAUUCACACCUACGUGUCAAGUAGUUUUAUUUCAUUGAGAACGGAAACAAUCGCGCUAAAUAAAUAUGAAUAGCAUUCACGAAUUCUUUCAAAUAAUUUUCACAUCGAUAUGUCAAGUUCACAAUGGUGGCGAGGUAUUCAUUGGGCUCACUUUGCCGACCAUUUCUCGCGAAAAUGAAUUAAUUUUAAACAAAUACAGACCGAACUGAAGCGCGCAAAGCGAAUAAAUGGAAUAUUACAAAUUCCUCCAAGCCAUUGUUGGCGUUGAGUUAAAUACACUAUGUAGGUGGGAUAUGUAGGUAUUUGAAAGAUCAUGUUAUUAAGAGAUGAUCACAAUAUUAUGUUCCCACGUAUCAAAUUAAUGCCAUGAAAAUAUCAUAGCCUACUUGUCUCAGCCGAGCGCUUUUAUGUGCCCGUACGCGCAAGGAAAGAUUUAAAUCCUUCUAAAUUUAUUUAUAUUGGCGCGACUCUGUAUUAAGCGUUACAGGGUCGACCACCAGACUAUUGAACUAGGGGCAUGCAAAUUAUACAAUCCCUAUUUUAUUUAUUGCAAGUUAAUUUAAAAAUGAAAAUGAAAGCCCAGCAAAUGACUUUCAGACAAGACAUAACAAAAAUAUAAAAUUUAUUGGCUAACGUUUCGUUGUAUUGUUCACAACAUCUUCCGAGCAAUUUUAAACUUAUUUACAAGCGUGUAAUUGCUCUGAAGAUGUUGUGAACAAUACGAAACUGCAACUUGUUUGCAUGAAAGUCAUUUGCUGGGCUUUCAUUUUCAUUUUUAAAUUGCGCUUUCCAACCGGUGUAUCAAUCGCUACUAUUGCACGAAGUUACUUGAUAUUCGACUAAUACAAUCUUAAUUCCAAACAGUACUGGCUUUUUUAAUAAUGUACGGUACAUUUUUUCAAGCGGAUGGCUCUGCAAGUACCAUGUUGAUGGAUUUAAAUAUUCUGUGCGUUCUAGUGCGAAAUUAGGGAAAAGCCUUUAACUUUAAAAAUGACAAUUUUUCGAGUACGUCAACUCUGUUUCACGCAUUUCCGAUGUUUUCUGCAAGUGUCAUGUGAAUUUGCGGCUAGCGCACAGGGAAGUUCAGUUAGGUCGCAGUAACUUGUCAAUACCAGUACUGCGUUAAUCAAUGUCUGAUAUAAUCAUAUGAAUCAUAUGACAAUACGCACGUCUUCGUGUAUAAAAACUAUAAAACAUAUCAGUCGCAUAGCGAAGUAAUGCCUCAGGGGAGUCUAUUUAAAAACUGAAAAAAUUGCGCAAGUGCACGCAUGAUAUUAAACGAUAAAUGCGCAAAAAGAAGUAAUGUAAAAAUUAUUUGCGUCAUAGAAAUAUUUUAGCUAUUAAACUGUACGCUUUUGCAGUAAUUUUGGACAGUUUAGCAAAGUCACGGGAGGGUCAGGCGGCACUUGUUAUUUGUCAAUGACAAAAUUGUUCAUAUGAGCAUUUUAAUCCUUCCCACUUUGUCACGACAUUUUUCAUAGAGAUUAAUGUACUCCUAAAUCUUACCAAAGCCUUAAUUUCUGCACAUCAUCAUCACAUGUUUCGUAUUAACACUACGAGUUUUUUUCACACUCACUUCUCGUCAUAAUAAAAUUAUUGAGCUCAAUUUCAUUGGAUGCAUGUUCAAAAUCCAAGCAAGAAUAUUGAAAUAUCGAUUUAACUCGGCUUAUUUUUUAUAUAUUUUGGAUGAAUUCGCAAGCUUCGUCGAAAUUGAAAAUCCGCGGUUUAAAAUAUUUACCAAAGAGUAUAAAAUAUUCUUUGAAUAUUGUUGGAUAAAUAUGCUGGGCCAACAAUGUUCGCCCGUUUGAAAAGGCCUUAUGGCUUAUACCCAACAGUGUUCAAACAUACGUAAGAAUUUUUGGUGAUGUUCAUUUUGUGAUGUCUCCACAACGGGCAAGCUGAAUCUGCGACCUUUGUCUUGCUAUAAUAAAAAAAUUAUUUCAUCCAUAAGGUGAUAAAUAUUUGAGGUGACAACCAAUCUUUUCUACAGCUCAGAAUUGGUGAAUUUUUUUUUAAAUCUCCAAGGAUUGUGAAAUAUUAUGCAAUAUAAGAAGAGUCUGUGAAAUUAGAGACUUGUGGGCAACCUUCCAUUAAACAUAGACCAAAAAUAAAUAUGAAAUCCCAUUAGAAUUUCCUUUGCUUACUCAAUUUCUUCUGUUGACCGUGGGAAAGAAUAUAAUUUUAUAUGAAAUCUGGCAUGUGUUAAAUACCUGGCUGAACAAAAGCUACAAAGCACAAUAAAUAGUGUAGGAGAAUAUUUUCCUCUGCGGUUAGGUCAACUGACAUGUGAUACAUCGCAGAGAUAAAAACAACGAAAUAAACAUGAAUACAUUUGUCGAAUGGCCGAAUGCUCAAGUAUGAGGGAGGGUUUCGUAAACAUCUCAAUGGCAAAAACACAAUAGGUGCCGACAUAAAUCUACAUAUGUCAACACCAAUAUUGACGAACAUGUUAAAAGGAAUGGUACAAAACAUGGACUCUGUACUACACUUCAACAAAACCUUAGCUAACGCAUGCCUUGGUCAACCAAUUCAUUCACAAAUAUCAUUGAAAUGCUUGCUUAUCUUUGUUCAAUUUUAUGCUAGGCAUGCGAGUUAUCGGAAAAUGUGAAUCAGAAGUAACGGAUGCGUUAGCUAAUUAGGUUAAGUUUCUACGUCAUGUUAUCGCACUAACCAGCCCAUUCACACUUGCAAUUUUUGCGACGAUUUCUGGCGCGAAUUUCUCCUUCUGAUGGAUGUGAACGAGCAGAUGAAUUAUAAACGUUCAGGCACAGAAUACUACACAGAAGUCCAUCUCCAUUGUUUUUAGCGUAAGCUCUAUUCGUCAUGAUUCGUCACUCAGCAAGUACCGUAAACAGAAGCAGUCCCCCCCUGGAAAUACUAAAAAUGGCGAACGUCCAGGGGGGUGACUGCUUCUGUUUACGGUACUUGCUGAGUGACGAAUCAUGACGAAUAACGCUUACGCAAAAAACAAUGGAGAUGGACUUCUGUGUAGUAUUCUGUGGAUCAGGUGAGGUUACACAUACUCAGAACAUUCAUUACCAAUCUACUCGUUCACAUGCGUCAGAAGCAGUAGAAAUGGCAGGAAAAAUUGCAAGUGUAAUUAAGAAGUUAUAAUCGAGUCAGCAUAAUCGGGUAUAUUGAUAUCUUACUGUAAUACCGCCCUAGGUGUGAAUACCAUCCUGUGAUCGAGUCGUUCAUCCUAUGCUCAAGUCUAAUCGUAAAUUCCGACGCAGUUCCGCGCUUGCAGGGUUUGUUUUGUUUGCGCAGUGAUAAUAAAUCAAACAGUAUCCAUUACACAGCAGUAUUUGAUGGACAAUACAUUCUGCCCCCUACGCGGCUCGCGCUAAAAUAUACCAGUAUCAUUUGCUAUACUAUAUAAACUGGAUUCGUGGCCUGGAACUAUGGAGUUGGUGUUGUGUACUCAGGUGAAUAAUUAUGAUGUUUGUGGUGUUACUCUGAGUGUGCAUCCCAUAGAAAUAAUAGUCUAAUAUUUCUAUGGUGCAUCCACACUGGGCAAGCUGAAAAGUUUGCCUGAUCACGGUGUGAAAUUAGGUUACUGCACUUGGGGUGCAGUGUAUGAUGCAUGUCCUAUAGUGUUACAGAUGUUCUACUAUAGCCAACUAUCCACCAAUCAACACAAUAAGUGGAAAUAUUCCUCUCUGGAGGUCCCGUAAAGACCAUCGUUCAGCAGCAUUGUUGGUUAGAUAGUGCGGGAUGGAAAUUUUAAACAGAGUCCAAACCGAUCAAACAUGAAGUCAACAUUACCCAACACGUUCUGUUCAAAAAGGCCAAUAAUGUUGAAUCCUUGAAUAAUGUUGGACAAACAUAAAGUAUGAAACAAGCUCACAACUUAGACAUUUAUCCCAUAAAUCAUAUAUAAGGCAUGACCUACAACACCUGUCUAAAAGACUUAAUCCAACAUAACAUCACUCUAGAUCAACUAUUGCACAACAUGCAGAUACCAAGAAACAGCAAAACUGCCAAAACAAACUAACAAAGGCUAAGCUAUGGAUGAUUUAAAGUUUUAAACAUCAGCUGCAGCUAAUAUCUACUCUUUUCAUCAAAACAAGUUAUAAUGUGGCCAACAGCUGUACUGGCCAAAACCUUAUCUCAAAAAUCUAAUUGUUCCGGCAAAAACUUGUGCUAAGGCUGGAUUAUGAUAUAGCAAUAUUACCUAGCUUGUCUUGUGGGUAUGCUUAAAACGAUUACUGCUUAAAAUAUUUUAUCCGUGGUGCUAAGGACCUUCUCCGAUUUCCGACUAAUAUCUGGAAGUGUGAACUUCGAAGCUCUCGAGGGAGAAUUAAAUUGGUUCCAUAUAAUACAAGUAUAUAAUACAAUUCCAUAUAAUACAAAUGCCUAAAACCUGUUCGUUUUUCCAUGUUUUAAGCGAAAAACACAAUUCUCAGUAUGCGACCUUACUUGAGGAUGGCAGGUCUACGCCUAAAAGAUUAGUCUUGAUCCGUGAAUUGCGUAUAAAAUAAAAAAAAAUUGUAACCUAAGAAGGCGAGGCGGUUCUUACAAAAACAGAAAAGCGUUUGCUAGAUGCAUCGAAUAAGGUUUGACGUAUGGAAUGACAUGUUUCUGUGCAUCGGAUAAGACCAUGGAUUUGUGCAGUGCAAUCACAUGAGGAAAUCAGAGUAUUUGGUAGAGAAGAAUUAGAAGAAUCGUAUGCUCACACGCGAACAUUAUGAAUGAGAAGAAUAUGAAAUGAAGCACGCCCAUUGCAGGAAACGAACCUUGGUCGUAGAAAUUGAAGGAACAUACAGUCAGGGAUUAACACAAGCAUUUCACUAAUAAUUCAGACACCGUUUUCUCGGAAGAUUGAGUUUUAGGAGCCAACACUAUACCCCACAAUAUGAGAUAACAUUUCCUACAUUCCGACAGCACUUUUGAGCAAAACUAUAAUAAUUUUAAAACAGGUUUUUAAUGGCGUGUUGAAGAAUAUACAACAUCAAGUUUCUUCCUUUUAAAUUAAUUAUUCACAUCAGUGCCAAUUUCUUCAAAACAUAUACGGUAGUGUGAAAAAUAUAAUGACGGGAAAGAUUGAGUUUCAAAACUCCAUUGAAGAUUCAUUUUUUAAUACCGUACACAGGUAGUACAAAAGUGCUUGUAUAUAAUUAUCCCUGGCAAGAACCACUGUGCUAGAACAUCUAAAAAAUCCCUUGUAUGGUAAUAUCAAAUGUUGUUUUUGUCUCAAAAAGUCACUUGGGAUUUACGUAAUAAUUUUAUUACCGAGACUUGUUGUAAGCAGGAUUGUGAUAUAAUCUAUUGCGCAUCUGGUUUAUCAUUUUCGAUACUUUGCUAUUAAAACUGCGGUAAACAACAAUAAUUAAUAUGAAGAACUUGAUGAAACGAACAGUGGACUAAAAAGUCGAAACAUUGAGUCGUAAAUUAUAUCAUUUGUUCGAGGUUUCAUUCAUCUGCUUCAACUAACGAAAGCAGUCCAGUGAUAAAUAUAUCACUACUAAUAAGGUAAAGAAAACAGCGCAAAUAAAGACAAACGUCAAAAGUACAUGCGGCUGUUAUCAAUUGAAGGAGAUAUUUGCACCAUGCAGGAAACACAUUAAUAUAUGUUCCGACGUACUCGAGUAAUUAAAACCUGAUUAAAACCCAGCCUAGGUCGCCCGGCAUCAUGCUCAGAUUUACGCAUAAAUUGCGUUUCCAAAACAAACAUGAACAUGCGGUGCGACCUUCUCAAUGACACUAAGGACAAUUACUGAUUAUUUUAAUUGCAAUGUACACUCCCUGGUAUUAAAGAGGAUCUUAAUUAAGUGAUAUCAUUUACGCAAUAGAUGUUAUUAUCGUGAGCUAACUAUGUUUCCAGUUAGGGCUUCAAUUAUUUUUCGCCGGGAUGAGAGGCGGUAUGAUUUUAAUUACGAUGCACACUUCUCGGUAUUAGGGGGAUCGUAAUCAACUGAUGCCAAUCGCGCAAUAUAUGUUGUUUUUGUGAGCUAAGUAUGUUUACUAUUAAUCAACCUCAAGAGUCUUGUAUUGGGCCAAUUGACUUUAAUUGCUAUAUACAUUCCCUGGUAUUAAGAUAUUGCAAUUAACUGAUACCGAUCGCGCAAUUUAUGUUGUUUUUGUGAGCUAAAUGUGUUUACCAAUAGCUAAAGGAUGGGCCAAGAAUCUUCCGCUAUGCACAACGGCCGGCCAGUGGUUAUUAUUUGUUUUGAAAUGCUUGUUAAAUUAUGUACAUUGUACUUGAGAUGGCCUCAACUGGCAAAAUAUUGUAAUCAGUAAGGCACUACAAGUCUACAACGCUGUUGUUCCGAAAAUUCAUUAAUCAUUGACAGGCAAAUAGUCAGAUACGAGAUCAAAUAAUAAUCCAAAUGAUGACUGUUUUCUUGGCCUAGACCCAAACUCUGUUACAAUCAUUUGGCUACAGUGUCAUCACUGCAAAGAUUGGUAACAUUCGUUACGAUUUUCAUCCAGUGUUUCAAUAAGAGUUUACAACCAUUCUUAAUUAAAGUCUACUUAAAAUGAACUCCCCUAGCUCUGAGGAUGAUUCUAAAAUAUCACAACAAACAACAGAUAAAAAACUCAUAAAAGCAUUGAUCUAUUUCUGUUGUUUAUCAGUAAAUCAUCGUCACAGUAUGGGUAAUAUAAUUCAAAGGAUAUCUCACAGAGUUGAAUAUCUCCAUCACUGGACAUCAGACCAAGGGUCGUCUUGCAUAUAAUUCAUUCAUGUUUAUUUUACCACUGGUGGUUAGAACGUACUGUGUAGUACCUAGAGAGAGAAAAUCUCAAAGAUUAUUACAAUUAUGAGAAACGAAAGCGAUUACUGUACCUACUCACUUAAGGAACCACUCUAUGAUAUCUCAAACGUGGGAGUCCCGAAUCCAAAUAAGCUGUCGUGGCAUGUGUCUGAAAUACCGGUCUUAUUGGUCUGAAUAGAUCUAAUAGUUUUGUCUAAACGGUUUUCUCAUGAGGUUCAGACUAAAUCCGAACAUUCUUUCCUUGAACAUGGCUUAAUAUUUACUCAGCUCAGACGUUGAUAACUUUGGCUACUACUAAAAAGCGAUACAGCGAUACAACGAUACAGCGAUACAGGAACCGGAACCUGGAACCGGAACCUGGAACCGUGCAUAAUUUAUGCAAAUUAGAGCAUUUUGCACCACAGGAGAUAUACAUAAUAAUAAUUUACAAGGGGGGGGGGCGCAAUUCAAUGAUAAUAUACAAUAUUAUAUGCAAGGCAUUUUGAUUUUUAAACAAAACAAAGAAUGAACAUCGUUGUAGCACUACAUGUUUCGUAAUUGCGCGGCCAUUCUUUUUGUCUGUUUUGAUAUGACUGCAUGUGACACACUUAGUUUAUUUAGCCGCCGCACUUGAUCAUGAAAUGCCCGCAGACAGAGAAGGAAACCACGGCACGCAAAGCAGAUUGCGCUGGAUUCAGCAGCAAUUGUGCGCUAAAUUAAGUAAUUAGAGUGUAGUGUAGUGUAUGAUGCAACCCAGCAUUGAAGCGAAUAUAAAUAAAUAAAAUAAAUGUGCUGCAUGCCGAAAUAUAUCCACUUGAACAUCAAUCACAAACAUAAAUGAAGUUUAUAUGAAGGUAUAGUAACUCCAAUGUAAAAAAUACAUUUAAUAAUGAAAAAUUGAUUUGUCUGAUUGAAAUUCAGCGUCGAAAACAUAUAGACGUACUCCGAUACUUGAUAGUACUAUAUUAUAUAGGGUAAGACACACGACUAAGUGAAUUUCGACGCUGAAUUUCAAUCAGACAUUUCAAUUUUUCAUUAUUAAAUGCAUUUUUGACAUUGAAGUUACCUUCAUAACUUCAUUCAUGUUUGUGAUCGUUGCCAGUCAAGCGGAUAUUUUUAGUACUGAUGCAGCAUAUUCGCAAUAUUCGCGUAUUCCGGCGGCAGCGUAUAUAGCACAUUCAAUCGGUUGGAUUGCAUCAUACACUACACUCUAAUUUCUCGAGAAUUCAGCGCAAUCUGCUUUGCGUGCCGUCGUUUCAUUCUCUGUCUGCUGGCAUUUCAUAAUCAAGUGCGGGGGCUAAAUAAAAUGUGUCAUGCAGUCAUAUCAAAACAGGCAAAAGUGGUACAACGAUGUUCAUUCUUUGUUUUGCUUAAAAAUCAAAAUGCCUUGUUAGUUGUAUAUAAUAUUUUAUACUAUCAUUGAAUCCCCCCCCCUGUAGAUUAUUAUUAUGUAUAUCCCCUGUGGUGCAAAAUGCUCUAAUUUGCAUAAAUUAUGCACGGUUCCUGGUUCCGGUUCCAGGUUCCGGUUCCUGUAUCGCUGUAUCGCUGUAUCGCUUUUUAGUAGUAGCCGAUAACUUUAGACAGUCUCCCAUAAAGCUGUCAAAUAGAGAAAGUUUGAUUUCUCAAUAAAGAUAGAUCAGCAACGACUAUAUGUUAAUUACCCCAAUGCUAAAAUAGAGACACUUUCCUGAUAUACGGCUUAUCGAUAAAUUGCAAGAAUAGUACGACUAUCUUCACAGAUUAUUGUCUACUACUUAAGAUAACGAUCGAAUGCCUGCCAUAACUAUCAAUGAGUGGAAUAUCAUAGCCUACUGAGUUCAAAAUAGAACUGAAGACCACCAAAGAUCUCAACAGCAGUGGAUACUGGGGGGGGGGGGGCGGGGGGCAACCUUUGAAAGACAGCUGAAUAACUGUGUAACAAAGCGGUAACAAUAAUUUUUCGAAGACUAUAAAUUUCAGGCUAUAAAUUUCAGGCUAUAUAUACUGCAUGAAAUUUGAGGCAAAAAAGUUUAAAGAACUAAGAUUACCAGCUACGAAAGGUGAUCAUAUGUUGCCAACCUAAUUCCCCCUAAAGUCUCGACAUGAAAUUAAGCAAACUCAGUUAGGGUCAAUGAAUUGGUUUGGCUAUCAGUUAUAGAUUAUCCUUAGGCCCAAUAAGGAGCACCCCUUAUUAAUAGUGUUAGUUAGCCCAGGAAAAAACGGAAUUGCUCCAAGAAAGCCUGUGGUGUUUGGCAGAGCCGGGCAGGAAGUAUUCUUCUCACAUGAAACUGCAUGAGACCAGAAUUAUAAUCAGAAAACUGUAUAAUGAAGCAUUCGAACAUCGCACCAAGGGUGCUGUAAUUUCAUCUGUGAUAUCGUGUCUAUACCGGUAUAUAUAAACACGGUCAUAUACGUAUUUGAUUAGAGAGAUUCAGUUAGAACCAGGUCUCUAAUUAACAUCGCAUUGCUGUCUGAAACCCUGUGGUCUAGUGGUAAAACAACUUUACCGGCAAUCGGGAGACACGGGUUCGAUUCCCGUUGGGAGUGUUCAGAUAUUUUCUUGAGCACGAUUUUUACUUGGUAUCUAUACCUUAUACGCUUCUGUGGAGGGGAGUGCCCCCAGAGUCCAGUUGCCAAGUGCUGGGGAUUUACACUCACUGGAUCUCUUGGUAGAAUCGUUUAGAACAAAAAGAGCUAUCCAAUAUACUGAGCACCACCCAUCUGCCUUGCACAAGGAUUUAGCUACCCUCUGAACCAUUCGUGUAGUGCAUAGCUUCUAGCAGUGGCAUUGCAUACAAAAAUACAUUCGCUUUCUUUUCCAGGUUGCCAUAAAAAUCAUCGACAAAAAUCGUGCGAGAAAAGACCGUUAUGUGUCAAAGAACAUGCGUCGCGAGGCGCGGCUUCUACAAAUGAUCCGUCAUCCGCAUAUCGUACAACUGCUGGAGAUCGUCGAGACCUCACAAUGUUACUAUCUUGUGUUCGAGUUCGCUCAUGGAGGGGAUCUUAUGGAUCAUAUUUGUAAACGCAAGAGAUUGGACGAGGAUGAAGUCAGGAAGUUUAUAAGACAAAUAAUAUCCGCCGUCGAGUAUUUGCAUCGCCUUGGUAUCAUGCAUAGGUAAGAACAAGGUUUUCAAUCAAAGAAAAUUACGAGAGUGUGAAGUCAAUACUCUUCUUGUUACAAAGAGGGUUAAUGCUAUUAAAAUUUAUUUUCCAUAUUUAGAGAUUUAAAAGUGGAAAAUCUUCUUCUGGAUGCGAACAAAAAUAUCAAAAUAAUUGGUGAGUGUCGAGUGGGGCAGCUUUUAUUCCCGUUAACUUUAAAGAAUGUACAAUUAUGGAGUGACUAUAAGUAUACGUAUUCACCUUGCGUUUUGUGAGAGCUAAGCUGAAUUGCGAAGGACACAGAUCAACUUGAUUGAGUCGAAGGUUUUCUAAGGGUGCCUCUGGCAGCCACCUUAUACAGGGUGUCCACCCUUUGGUGAAGGUGGCUUUUCCAGGACUUUCAAGGCCCUUUUUCAGUAAAUUCUAGUAAAUAAUUCACUUUAUUCAGUAAUUUUAAUCAAAAUCACUAAUGUUGGCACAGCUGGAGGUUAAGGAAAUUAAUUCCAGGACAUUCAAGGACUUUUUCAAGGAUUUUCCAGUCCUGGAUAUUUUUUUUUCUAAUUCAAGGACUUUCCAGGAUUUUCAAGGCCCGUGGACACCCUGCUUAAAAUGACUCGUGUCUGAUCAUCGAGCACAGCUACAGUGAAGAUGCAAUUAGGGCUUAACCCUAACCGCGAAGCUAGACUAUCCGGAGAAAACCGACGACUUUCUGCAGACCAACGAUUUUCUAACACCAUGUAAACUAAGUGUCAACAGCAUAUAAAACGCGCACUGAAACCCAAAUAUUUAUGGUGCUCAGGUCUUAGUAUUCAAUUUUCUUUUAAAGAUUUUGGACUGAGCAACACAAUCUACUCGCCGGAUCCUCAUAACGAGAAUCACUGCAAAACUCAAUGUGGCUCACCCGCAUAUGCCGCGCCCGAACUUCUGGUUCGUAAGGACUACGGCCCGCAGAUUGAUGUGUGGAGCAUGUAAGUGACACCGAAUACGACGUUUUACUAUUAACUUUAUUUUAUACUAGAUAACUAAGAGAUCCAGUAAGUCCCAUCUCUUCUUAUAGAUUGCUGUCAUCAUGCUCCAGUUUAGUGCACAUGGAGAGCAUUUCACUGGAAAAAAAAGUGAAAUCCAUACUACGAAAUUUGCAAUUGCACCACUAAAUUCAUACUAUAUCCAUACUAUUCCCAUAGUAUGGAAAUAUACAAUUAUUAUGGAUAACCAAAAUCCGUUCUAUUUCCAAUAAAGAUCCAUACAAUUUCCAUUCUAUGACCUUCUGUGUUUAAUUAAACAAAAGAAUCUAAUUUGAAUCUCAUUAUUUGACCUCCAUCUGCCUUAGCGUUAAAGUCUCGUGGGAUUGCUUGACACCCACCUAUUUUUCCAAUCGUACUGCAGUAGGAAACCAAAAAUUUAUAUAUACACUCGAAAAUCUAUAUAUACAUGAACAAAUGAUCCCUAUAUAGCUCAGUUGGUUAGAGCACUGCACCGGCGAUUCCUGCCAUAAGUUCCUCCCACUGGCUAACGAUUGUUUUCUUGUGUGUUUUAGUGGUGUAAAUCUGUACGCAAUGUUAACAGGACGUUUACCAUACACAGUAGAACCGUUCAAUAUCAGUACGUUGUACAAUAAGAUGUUGAAACGACAGAUGAACGCAAUACCGGAAUAUUUAUCAGAAGGUAGGAUACACGUGUUUAGAAUUUAAUAUCCAGUCAACUCUCAUGCCAGUUUUGUUCUCCUUUGACCGGGGCAUCAAAGUUGAGAAAACUCUCAUGCAAACUCUCGCUUCUCAACAACUCUCAUGCAAACUCUCACUUCUCAACUCUCAUCAACUCUCAUGCAAACUCUCACUUCUCAACUCUCAUCAACUCUCAUGUAAACUCUCGCUUCUCAACUCUCAUCAACUCUCAUGCAAACUCUCGCUUCUCAACUCUCAUGUGAACUCUCGCUUCUUAACUCUCAUCAAUUCUCACUCUCGCGUUUGAGGAGGGUUUUAUACCAGGUGUGCUAACAUAUUUUACUGAAAUUUUCAGCGUGCAAAGACAUGACUCAUCAACUUUUAAAUCCAGACCCGAAAGAAAGACUGCACAUACUGGAAGCCGUUAGACAUAGAUGGAUAACUAUGGAUCAGAGGGAUCCUCUGGGACUCAUCCCGUGUCCCAACUAUCUUUGCGAGGAAGAUUUAGAUGAUCGUAUUCUGGAUCACGUGGAGGAACAAUUGAAACUUAACAGUGAUGACGUAAUACGUGACGUCAUUCAGAACAAGUAUGUAUGUUUCGAAGACUUGCUCCACAAAUCGAAGUAUGAAUAAAGUUAUAGCAUAGUUUAGGUUUCCUCCUGUAACCAAUGUUUGUCAUACUGUCUAGAACUGUAUGAAUUAUCCAGUAUAGGAAGAACAGUCUAGAACUGAUAGAAUUAUCCAGUAUAGGAAGAACAGUCUAGAACUGAUAGAAUUAUCCAGUAUAGGAAGAACAGUCUAGAACUGUAUGAAUUAUCCAGUAUAGGAAGAACAGUCUGGAACUGAUAGCAUUAUCCAGUAUAACUGAAGUUAGCUAAAUCCCCGGUCAAACGAGGAUGAGAGUUGAUGAGGGACAUUUCAAGCUCUAGAUGAACAAAAUAAAGGUUUGCCGAGUGUUCCAAUUACGUUUCAACUUAAAUAGAAUACAUGAUAGUGUUGGGAAAGCAUUAAGAACAGCUAACCAAGCUCGCGUGACUGCCAACUCUCAUUCUCGUUUCAUCCAGACUUGAGUCAUUUCAGCUAAAAUCUGAAAUGACAAACCACAGGAUGAAAACUAUCAUUAAAAAAUAUUUCUCCAACAGGGCGACCAAGAACUCGUGUGUGUACCACUUGCUAGUUCGUCGGUUAGAACGCUACGAGCGAGAGCAGACAAAACUCAUCAACACACCACCACCUACCAUACAGUUGACUGAGUCCAAACCACCAUCAAGUCCAGAACAUAAGCAACCAUCACCCAACCAUCACACCCAAAAGAAUGGUCUAGUGAAAUAUUCUUCGCCUAAAACACAUAUCAUGGAGAACCCUUUUAAAACUAUCAAAGUCGCUUUAAUUCGACAAAAGAAAGCUAUGAAAAAUGAAGAAAAAUCAAAAGGUGGAAAAAGUUCAAGUCACGACUCCACCCCUCACUCAACAACGAACCCUGAAGCCAAACCCAAAUUAUGUACAGUCAAACGAGUAGCACUCGUGAAAUUUUCGCCUGCUCGCCGGAGCCUUCGUGGCUUAACGAGCGGUCCACGGAACUCUACGAACAGCCCGAAGCCUGGCCGUAGAAGAAACUACUUCGAGGGACUUCAACGACGAAAAUCACCGAAGGUUCGGCGACGGCACGCGGAGCCCGACGAGUCGCUGUCGAGUGCCGUAAGCACCUCGAGACGAACAAGUAUUGAUAAUACGGACAACGUAGGGCCCAUUAUACAACGCAUGAGAAUCGAAGAUAAAAUAAACAACAAUUCUGCGGUUGAGAAUUCAAAAACUUUAGUGGAUACUUCCGAAGUCGUAAAUUCUGAUACAAAGUCAGAAAAAUGUACCUGUGAUGCACUUCUUCUCGGGAACAUCCCGGAGAAUGGUACACUUAUACGAAAUGAAGACCCCGGAACAAACACCUCGGGAACUGUUACCCACUUAUACACGAACAAAGGGGUUGUAUUAAAGCGCGACUCGUUAGGGGAGAACCAUAAAACAACGUACGAACAGGAACAAGCUACUGUACAACAUCAUGUAUUUCAUGGCGGAGACAAGACAGGUGGAGGUGUCAAGGACGAGCAGGGUUGUAGAAGGGUAAAUGGGGUGAAUAGUAAGCAAGGAACGGCUGGAAGUGGAUUGUCAAAAAUUGAGGUGAUGAACGCAAAAAUUUCGUCUGUGUCUAGUAAAGUAGCAGAAACAGCGAAGGUAUUUCAAAAUUCCAUUUUUUCAGUGAAGAUUAUUGCAUGGUUUUAUAAACCAACUGUCAAUGAUAAGGGUUCAAUUCCCGCAGCAUAGAUAAAAUCUCGCCUAGGAUAUGAUGAGUACUUUCAGUUUGACUUACGUGUUGCGAUAAUCAAACCAAAGCGCCUGGGUACGAGGCGGCACUGGACCAAUGAAAUACUUUAUUGGACUUCUCGGGAGAACGGAUUAGAGAGAGCUUGAACAAUAAGGGACCUUAACUGGACCGCCAGGGAGAACAGUUAGAACUAUAAAGUAUUGUUGAUGGGUUUGAGAUAGAUGGAAUUUCGAGCGAAAAGAGCAGUUGCUAUAAGACUUCUAACUUGCGGCCGUGCGAUUCCGGCGUAGCCGCUCUAACCAACUGAGCUACAGAGGCCAGUUCACGGGCAUUAACCACAACUUCUUGUUAAAUGGUGGGGUAAUGUCAGUAAAGGUAUUAUACAAUUACUUUAUGGUUUCCGUGUUUGGAUGGCCUGAUCCAAACACGCGGGAAUAGCGAGUGAUUUUGCCCGCUUUUCUUAACUCGAGCAACAUUCCCAAGUGUUUGGAUCAGUCCAUCCAAACACGGAAACCAUAAAGUAAUUGUUUUAUAAAAUAACAACAACACGAUAGUCUUCCGUGUUUGGAUGGCCUGAUCCAAACACGGCUUUUGACCAAUCAGAACACGCGUUAUAUACAUGUUAUUUUAUAAAUGGUAUUCUAAACGUUUUAAAAUCAAUUAUUUUUUCAGCCAACAAGCCAGCGUCUGAGCACCUCCAGUACAGCGGCAUCACGGCAAACAACAAGAACACAAUCGUUAAAGGCAAAAGCAACACCUUCAAAACAAACCGCUCAAAAAGCAGUCAUACCUAGGAGAACACUUUACAAGCCGGACAAUUCUUCAAAAAUUCCUGUUGUGGCGGGAAAAAGUUCCGUACUCUCUCGCCAGUCCCCCAUGUCGCCGACACGACUAGCACCCAGGACUCUUACAUCUUCCAACACCAGACUCCCCGCUACAAGAAAGAACGAUGUCGCAAGGUUGGCUGAUAAGUAUGAUAAAUGCGUGUCGGUAAUUGUCGUGGAUCGUUCGACGGAUGCCGGAAAAGGUUCGUCGCCUGAGGAGAAAAGUUCGACGACUGCCGGCAAAGGUUCGGCCAAUAGCCGAAACAAUAUCAAAGGCAUAGCACCAAAUGUUGAAAAAAUAAGUGCAGUGGAUGAUUCGAAGAAUAGGAAUGGGUUAAGUGAGAAGAUCGAAAGAGCUGUGGUUUCAAAAGCAUCAAACGCCACUGUGAAAGAGCAAACUUCAAAGGAAAGUGUGCUGGGCGCUAACCAGAAAUCACGCGGGAACGACACCAAACAAAAAGCAGUCGAAGCGAAAGAAAUAAAAGAGAAAACUGAUCAAAAUGUAGAACAAUUACGAAAUGGUCUGCAACGACAGAAAGUUAAAGGUUUGUCCUUUUUAAGAAAGCUUCAGAUUGAUAGCGAUACUAUAGUACAGGGAUGGAUUUACUGGUGGUGUGCGGGGAGGGGAGGGUGCACCCCCUAGCCCUGGCCAGAGGGGGUGCAGGGGUGGUGCUAUUUUUCAUGAUAAAGCAAAAAAUUAUUAGAGACAAAAUGAGAUACAGUAAUUUGAGUAAUAACAUGAUGAUAAGCGAACUGUGAACAACAAUUACAAUUCAAAUACAGUAGUCAAGCAAGACUUUGCAGUAGUGUGCUGUACUGCCUGCACAAGACCUGCUGUACUGCCUUUACUAGACCUUUACUAGACCAGUUUAGAACUAAUAGAGCUGUCCAAGUUUAACCGUUGACCUUAACGGUUCCUCUUAAGUUGAAGACAACAGCCAUGUAUUCAGACUCCUCUCAUAUUUCACUUAGAUCAAGCUAACACCAAAACGUCUAUGCUCAAGUUAGCAAAAGAAAGUCUCACCGCAUGCAGAACUACGAGCAAAGACACCAAACAGGCAGUAGAAAACGCGAGGAAAAACUCAAUCAACAACCGAACUAGCAAAGUUUCAACGGUGGGAAACUCCAGGCGUUCGAGUGUAAAAUCACAAGAAACAGAGGAUACAAAAUCUUGGACAGGGGAUGAAAGACGAAAAAUUUCCAAUUACAAAAAGACUAAUGAAUCGCAACAAACAACAUCAGCAGUAAAACGCGAGGCAAAAACAGCAACAAGCGUGAGAACUUCGGCGUUUAAAACAAGUUCAUGAAUAUAUUACGGUAUAACUGAUUGAUAUCAUAGCGCAAGACAGUCAUUUUCUAUUAAACACAUACUAUAAAGUCCUACAUAGGUAAACUAGGAAGUAUUCAGUUCUGGUAGAAAGAUUCUUUCCUAGCAUGUCUCGCGAAGGUGGGCAAACCAGGAAACAUUGUUUCCUAGUCAUGUUUCGCGAAGUUGGGCAAACCAGGAAAUAUUCUUUCCGCAACAAAAAUCACACUUCGGAACACUGUUUGCACGGGUGAAUGAGGAAUGUUGGACGUCGCCAUCGGAAUUUUUUCCGUAAGACUGCAAAGAUGUCUGCAACAAGGGCUUGACAGCCGUUUCCAUUAAGAUUGUUCACCGCAGAUUUAAGCGCGCGACGGUGCUGGAUACUCCAUGAAAGUUGAGCUGGACUCAACUGCGCGACUGAUAACUCACGUGACAACGCGACUGAUAACUCACGGACUAGCCUGCGUACUCGCCGCCCGCAAGCAAGUAAACGCCCACUACGUAGGCUAGGAUUGGACAGGUCUGCUGAGCACUGCUGUGUAUAUUUGGAUGCGUGGCUCUUUAGAACUUUUUUUAAAUAAUUAUUUAACAUUCACAGGUAAAAGCAAUAUUGGGAUUAUGUAUAAUUAUGAAAAUGGUAUUACACAAAGUUUGGAAAAUUGAAAUGCGUGUUCUGUGUUUUUCCUGGGUAUAGAUGGGAAAUGGCCUUAGAUGACCCAUGGUUUUGGGCACAUACGGUAUAUUACCUUAAUAGAUAUAGAUGAAUCACUUUAAUGUUGCACAUCAAAUUAUCUAGCUUUGGCUUUCUUUCAGAUUAAACUUGUGAAGAGUGUUAGAAGUUUUCAACAAUGCACUAGAAAAAAUAUACAAUACUAAGCUUUCG